UUUUAUUUUUCAGUACUUACGUAUCCAAUAUAAUUUUAUAUAAUUUUGAAAGAAUUUUCAUAAAAUCUCUUUCUCUUUCCUUACAUUCCUCUUUCAGCAACCCUAUUCUCUCUGCAAAGUUCGAGCGUCUUACAUUCCUCUUUCAGCAACCCUAUUCUCUCUGCAAAGUUCGAGCGUCACUCUUGAAAAUGGGGUUUAGAGAAACGGCUGCGUCUUGUUACCGCGUCCAAUAACUGGGCCGUGUCUGGACCAGAGAAGAGUGUCCGAAACCGCGUUGUACUUCCGACGAGUGUCCGCGUCCGCAACGCAUCGGAAGCAGGGAAGCGCCGUCUCCGAGCCGUGUCGGAGCUUCCUAUGGCAAUGCAAAUGCAAGUUCCGGUGGGAGGGAGAGUGCCCACAUGCUUUUCUCGCCGGAGAUUACUGGAAGAGAAGCUCUGCUACCUCCACAAGUGCACCAACCUCAACCAUGUCAACCAAAUCUUUGCCCAAAUUCUCAAAGCUAAUCUUCACCGUGACCUCUUCGUCGCUCCCAAACUCAUCGCUGCCUUCUCCCUCUGCCGCCACCUCAGUGCCGCCGUCAAUGUCUUCAACCAGCUCCCCCAACCCAACGUCCACCUCUACAACUGCAUCAUCAGAGCUCACGCCAACAACCAUUCACACCCCUCUUUACCCUUUAAUGCUUUCCUCCAAAUGCAGAAAAACGGUCUUUUCCCUGAUAAUUUCACCUACCCUUCUCUCCUUAAGGCUUGUAUCGACUCUUCCUCGCUCCCCUUGGUCCGAAUGAUUCAUGCCCAUGUUGAAAAAUUCUGUCUUUACAGAGAUAUUUUCGUGCCCAAUUCACUCAUUGAUUCCUACUCCAGGUGCGGGAGUUUCGGGCUUGAUGCGGCCAUGAACUUGUUUCUGGCCAUGGAAGAAAGGGAUGUGGUCACUUGGAAUUCCAUGAUCGGUGGGUUGGUCCGAUGUGGGGAAUUGGAGUGUGCGUGCAAGCUGUUUGAUGAAAUGCCUGAAAGGGAUAUGGUUAGUUGGAACACGAUGUUGGAUGGGUACACCAAGGCAGGAGAGAUGGAGAAGGCGUUUGAGGUGUUUGAGAGAAUGCCUGAGAGGAAUGUUGUUUCAUGGUCGACUAUGGUUUGUGGGUAUAGUAAGACUGAUGACAUGGACAUGGCAAGGGUGUUGUUUGAUAGGUGUCCGAAGAAGAAUGUGGUGCUUUGGACGACGAUAAUAGCAGGGUAUGCAGAGAAGGGGAAUGCGAGGGAGGCGACGGAGUUAUAUGGGAAAAUGGAGGAGGCUGGGUUGAGGCCUGAUGAUGGGUUUUUGUUUAGUAUUUUGGCGGCCUGUGCUGAAUCUGGAAUGCUUGAGUUAGGGAGGAGAAUUCACACGUCUGUGAAGAAGUGGAAGUUUAGAUGUAGCAGUAAGGUGUUGAAUGCGUUUAUUGAUAUGUACGCCAAGUGUGGUUGUUUGGAUGCUGCGUCUGAAGUCUUUAUUGGAAUGAUGGCGAAGAGAGAUGUGGUGUCUUGGAAUUCCAUGAUCCAGGGGUUUGCCAUGCACGGACAUGGCAAGAAAGCGCUUGAGCUUUUCUCUAGAAUGGUAGACGAAGGUUUUGAGCCAGAUAGAUGUACAUUUAUUGGCCUCUUGUGUGCUUGCACCCAUGCAGGACUUGUUAACGAAGGGCGCAAAUACUUUUACUCAAUGGAGAAAGUGUACGGGAUCGUUUCUGAAAUUGAGCAUUAUGGUUGCAUGGUGGACCUUCUUGGACGUGGGGGACACCUAGAAGAAGCUUUCACGCUUCUGCGCAACAUGCCUAUGAAACCAAAUGCCAUUAUAUUGGGUACUCUUUUGAAUGCUUGUCGGAUGCAUAAUGAUGUAGAUCUUGCAAGAGCGGUGUGUGAACAACUGUUUAAGUUGGAGCCAUCAAAUGCUGGGAAUUACUCCCUUCUGUCAAAUAUUUAUGCUCAAGCAGGAGAUUGGAUGAAUAUGGCCAAUGUAAGGUUACAAAUGAAGAACACAGGAAGGCAAAAGCCUUCAGGGGCUAGUUUCAUAGAGGUAGAGGAAGAAGUGCACGAAUUUACUGUAUUUGAUCAGUCACACCCUAAAUCUGAUGAUAUAUAUUGGAUGAUUGAUAGAUUGGUUGAGGACCUCCAGCAGGUUGGAUUUGUUCCAAUGAUACACCAAUAGAGGCUAAUGAAAUCAUUGGUUGCAUUAGCAUGCACAACACAACUGAUUUGAUGUUUCAAGAAAUGUAUAUGAUUAUUUAGCUGCGCUCAACACUUUGCUUGUUUGCAAAAAAUGAGUAUACAAAUCGUGUUAUUGGUUGCAACCACUAGUUCUGCAGCACAGGCCAAUUAUUUGUGUACUUGUGAGACAUAGAGGUCGCUUGUGGGUUAUUAUGAUUUCUGUUUUUUCAUUUCUUGUUAUUGAUAUCUACUUUUCUUCAUUUCUCUAAUAUAACUUACAUGUUCAUGAAAGUGAAUGACACUAUUAUUACCUAUUUGGAUAUUUAAAGGCCACCAUUAAUUUAAGGAACCUGCAAUUUUAAAAGACCCAGACUAGAAUACAUUUAUCUCCUUUUUGAAUCUGCAAAGGCGAUGCAAAAGUACUAUGUGAGGCAGGAUAAGUGAACAGAAGCAGAGAAGGGUCUCCAAAUUUCUCAAAAUAGUAACUCAAAAAUUCCUUUACAGUAGAAUCUGUAAGUGGAUGGUCAAUUUUUGAAUAAUUUUAACUAGUGGUAAUGUUAUAUGCUACAUAUUUAUCUUUAAGGUGGCAAGCAAUUUGUUGCAUAACACCCAUUCAGAUAAGGUUGAGUGUUUGCUCAGUUGUAAUUUUGCUUCCUUGUCAGUUAUAUUUCACAGUUUCAAGUCUUGGAAGCAACCUCUCUAGUUUUGAAUGUUGAGGGUGGGAUAUAAUGUUGUGUGCAUACCCAACCCAGAUCCCACUUGGUGGGAACCUUGUGUGUUCGGUCGUCCUUAUGGUACCCAUCCAAUUAUUAGAGAGCUUUAGUGUGGGUAUAUUUUUCAUGUUUAAAUCUUAAGAUAACCAUCCUUAAUAUAAGUUAGACAUAUCAAAAGUACAAGAUGAUGAAGUUGGGGAUGGAGCCACCUCUGUCGUUGUUUUGGCUGGUGAACUUUUAAGGGAGGCAGAAAAGCUGGUUGCAGCCAAGAUUCAUCCAAUGACUAUAAUAUCAGGUUUCCGAAUGGCAGCAGAGUGUGCUCGAAAUGCUUUGUUAGAGAAGGUUGUGGACAACAAAGCUGAUUCUGAGAAAUUCGGGUCAGACUUACUGAACAUCGCAAUGACAACUUUGAGCUCCAAGAUUCUUUCACAGGACAAGGAGCAUUUUGCUAAUUUAGAUGUGGAUGUUGUAAUGAGGCUAAAGGGAAACACAAAUUUAGAAUCUAUCCAGAUUAUAAAGAAACCUGGAGGCUCACUGAAGGAUUCAUUCUUA